CAAUCCGUCCUCCUACAUACAAAUUGUUCAAAACCCUAAAGCUCACUUCUUACUCCUUACACUUCUUCACCGGAGAGUAGCUAUCGCAGCUGCGUCGUGAAUAGAAAAGAUGGCUGUCCCCUUGCUGAGCAAGAAGAUUGUGAAGAAGCGUGUCAAGAAGUUCAAGAGGCCCCAAAGUGAUCGCAAAAUCUCAGUGAAGACAAACUGGCGCAGGCCCAAAGGUAUUGAUUCCCGUGUGAGGAGGAAGUUCAAAGGAUGCACUCUAAUGCCCAACAUUGGUUAUGGAUCAGAUAAGAAAACUCGCCACUAUCUUCCUAAUGGAUUUAAAAAGUUUGUUGUGCAUAAUGUCCAAGAACUGGAGCUUUUGAUGAUGCAUAACAGGACUUAUUGUGCGGAGAUAGCUCACAAUGUAUCAACUAAGAAACGGAAAGAUAUUGUUGAGCGUGCAGCACAGUUGGAUGUUGUUGUGACCAACAAAUUAGCCAGGCUGCGUAGCCAGGAGGACGAAUGAGCUUUUCACAAUAUCUGCUGUCAGCUGUGGUAGGAAGCAAAACCUUUACUUUAGCUACUCUCAGAAGUUCGAGUGGAACAUUUGCGGGGAAUUUUGUUGAGCAGAACGUCUCUUUAUGCUGGCUGAAGUUAGUCUUUCAUUUAUUACUCUGAUUACAUCUGCAUUUGUCAGUAUGUUACAUUGCCUAGUUUUAUCAAUUUAUCUUGGAAGUAAUUGCGUAUUCUGUUGCAUGUUUAUCUGAUCUUUCCAUUUGCUGAGUAUGCGGUGAACCUAUAAUAUAUUUAAGUUUGGGGA